AUGUAUACGAGAAAAGACCCCUUGAAUGAAUAUCUUAAAGUUAUGAAUAAUGUAGAAAGUUAUAAAGAAUGGAAAGUAACUGCUAUGGCAAUUGAUAAACUUACAAAUAUGGAUAUUUGGAGACAAAAUUUCAUAUCUAAACAUUAUGAUUAUUAUUUGAUUAAUGAACGAAUUAAAUUAUUAAAGGAAGCUCGAGAAAAUCAAGACUAUCAACAAAUUAUGUCCUUGUUGAGAUCAGGAUUGAUUAGAAACUUUGGUGGUAUCUCACAAAAAAGUCUUUAUCUUAAAGCUUAUAUGGGAACCAAAUAUAAAAUUGAAGAAUAUAUUAAUGAAGUCUUAAGCUGCUUGGAUUAUCUUAAUGAGACAUUGGCUAAUGAUGACGAUGAAUUCAUCAUGAAUAGUAAACAAUUGAAAUUGGAUUUCUUCCAUGACGCAAGGCAAUCAUUUGGUUGUACUGCAUUAUUGUUGCAAGGAGGCUCAUUGUUUGGUUUGUGUCACUUGGGUGUAGUUAAGGCAUUGUAUUUCAAAGGUUUACUUCCAAGAAUUAUUGCUGGUAGUGCUGUUGGAGCGGCUGUUGCCUCGCUUGUAUGUACGCUUAGUGAUGAAGAGCUUGUUCCUAUUUUAUUGAAUACUGGUGAAGUUAUGAAAGAUAUUGAUAGCUUGAACCAUGAUGUUGAUGAAAGGUAUGGCAACGUGAUUGAGAAUGUUGUCAAGAAAGGUUACUCCCAAGAUAUCUUGGUCUUCCUUAAAUUUGUACGUGAUACAAUUGGGGAUGUCACUUUUGAAGAAGCAUACAUGAAGACCGAAAAGAUUUUGAAUAUUGUGGUUCAUCCAACGAGUCAAGCUGUCCCAUCUUUGCUCAACUACAUCACUGCUCCAAAUGUGAUCAUUUGGACUGCAAUUUAUGCCUCAAUUGGAACUGGGGUUUUAUCUGAUAACGUUCAAUUGUAUGUUAAGGAUUUUAAUAAUGAAAUCGUGUUGCAAAAUCCAUUAAUUAAUGUCAAAUUCAUGAAGCCUCAAGAUGUGACCUAUCAACAACAAUAUUUCAAAUUUAAAGACACUGAAAAUGGAGAAGAGAAAGAAACAGUAAUACUGCAUCGUGACUCCCCUUAUACUAGAUUAACUGAAUUAUUCAAUGUCAACCAUUUUGUAAUCAGUUUGGCAAGGCCUUAUCUUGCGCCGUUAAUCAAUAACGAUUUGAAACAUUACCAUUCAUAUGGAAAGAUCAAAUAUGAAAAGACAAGCAAGGGUAAGAGUCUCAAAGUAGGUGGUAGCGAACCAAGCAAGAAUAUUAAAGUUCAAACUACAAAGGCUACAGGUUAUAAUUUUACCAAAAGGCUUAGAAAUCUUGCCUCAAUGGAAAUUAACCAUAGAUUGAAUGUGAUGAAUAAACUCGGAAUGUUGAAUGAUGUAAUGAAGAGGUUCUUUAUUGAUGAGAAACCGCCUACUUUGCAAUCAUUUGCUUCAAUUCGUGAAGUUACAAUUGUUCCUGAAUUGAGAUAUUUGAUGAAAGAUUUUGGUAGAGUAUUUGAUGUACAUAAAAUGCUGGAAAAUAUCCCAUAUUGGGUCUUGGUUGGAGAAAGAUCAGUUUGGCCUUUAUUUCCUUUGUUACAUUCUAGAUGUGCUAUAGAAUUUGCCUUAGAUGAUUUAUAUAACUUCCAUAGAAAGAGAGGUAUUUAA